AUGACCAAGGCGAGGGCAAGACAGAAAGUUGUCCCUGGGAUUGUUGCUUUCGACAGGCCAGCUGGUUCGCCUGAUGACGCUCCUGAAGAGGCAGUCGUCGGACUGGGACCACCUCUUCUUCCACCUAAGGGAGAAACAAGAAAAUUCUCACUAAGGCGGUUAAAGGUAAAGGAUGAUCCAAAUGCGGAGCUGUUAAUUGACCUCUGCAAUAUUCGUAAGAAACUGAACUGGAAAACUAAUAGACCAUCGGAAGACUCCAGACCUGCCAAAAGACCGCGGCUCGAAAGUAUACCGUGUCACGCUCAUCUGACAAUAUGGGAUAACACUCCUGGAUCGAAAACCAAAAGCUCUUUUCGACCUUAUACACGAGAUUGCGAAGUUCUGAAAAGCUGUACUGACUUUGAUGCUGCGGUUGGCGACUUCAUUGAAGUAAAGCUCGAAGAACCUUUUAGGAUUCCAAAACGUGAUCUUCGAGUUGAGGCCUUCGAUAAAGGCGAACGAAGACUUGAUAUGGCUAAGGAGUACUUUAUAGAAAUCAAAAUUCAGCCAACUCGUGACGAUUUGAGAAACUGGCCUCCGAUGAAACUCCUCGGGAAAAGCGAAGGAGACCAAUCAGCCAAGAUGGACAAGUUGGCCAAGAAAACGCUAGAAGGAUGCUUGGUUGCAAGGCAUCGUUCCUUAACACCAGAGUCGCAGACCCCUUUGUCUUUGUUCUUCUAUGCGGAGGGGAUCUGUUUCAAAACAAAGUAUGGUCUGGAAAUUGAUGCAAAGUGGAUGUCUACAGAGGACAUCUCGAGCAUGCCGAAGAAGAGGCAACAGCAAGAGGAUAGCAAGCUUGAGUCUUGGAUGAUGGACGACGAUGGUCUUGUUUUCGGAAAGGUAAAACCGGUCAUACAGAAAUCACAGCCCUCAAAAGCUGUUCCCAGGACUUUGCCAUUGAAAAACGCUCUCACAAACGGGGUUCUUAGUCGAGUCAAACGUACUGUCAAAUACAAAAUAGAGCCCAAUGGAGCGGAGGGACGAUUCAGGAAGUACAGAGAAGCUAAGGUUGAAGGAUUCUCUUGCUACUCUUGCGGAGAUGACUGCUCUAAGACGAUAGAACAACUCCUUGAGCAUCUGCGAUCAGUGCACUACAAGUACGACUAUAUUGUCGAGGAUAUGAAAACAAUCGAAUCUCAGCAGCUGGCGCAUACAGAAAUCAUCAUACGGGUCGCGGACCCCAAUUUCAAGCCGAGAAAGCUAGCACAGAAAACCCCAACUCAACUGGAAUUCGUUGAGGAUACGAGUAAGUACCCUCUGAGUGCUCUACGCAAACAGUAUGGUGGAUUUCUAUCUCCGCAGCAUGUGCCGCCCUGCAGGCCUGCCAUCUACACAAGAAGAAAGUAUCCGAAUACACGUGUCAGUGGUAAGGGAGGAGAAAUGACUUCUGCUUUUACUUCUACAGCGGUCCGGCCAGUUGUCCCUGAAGAUCCAGAUGAAGAGUCUAGGUCAGAGUCAGAGGAUGAGACGGACGAUCGAUGGUUUCUUGGGAAGCACCUCGAAAAGCUCGAUGUUUAUGCUCAUGAACAAAACUGGUUAGAUGCAAGACGUCGCCUGGCAAAGAAAUGGGCAUAUCAUCUUAUGCAUCGAGAGCGCAGUCCUCAUGCUCGGUACAUUAGCGAUUCUCUGAUCAGAUUCGUGCGAAUGGAGAAGCAAUGGAUACUGCGUAAGAGCAAAGAGUGGGCGACUGCCUCGAAUCGUGGCGAUCUAGAAAUGGAAAGCGUUGAAGCCUUGGAGGAAUUUAUGCACGAGCUCAUGAUGAGCCGUGUCAUCAACAGGGCGGUGUGCAAUAAUGUACUAGCACUGCUAGAAGACGACAAGGAAGCAUUACCCUUGCCAGAAGAGGAAAAACACAUCGUUGACCACCAAGCUGCUGCAGCUCUUAAGACAUCGAGACGUCAACAGCGUCGCAACGAAGCUGCACAGAAAUACGAAACUUGCGUGAAAAAGAUUGCGGCCAGCGAUCUUCCAGACGCGUUGCAAAGACGUCUUCACAAGGUGGCCAUAUCAGCUCUACCGCCAAACUUAUGUGGCGCAUGUCAGCAUGAUCUCGAGCAAGGCAACCCAACCGCUGUACGAUGCUCUAGCAUUGCGUGUCCUCUACCAGGCAUCUAUUACCAUAGCCAUUGUGCAGGAUUGAAACGUAUUGGCGAAGCCCAAAAAGCAAGGCAUGGUGAUGGCUCUCUUGCAAGCACAGUGCCGUUUCUAUUAGACGAGCUCUACAAGGCAAGGUCGGAAUGGAAAUGCCAACUGUGUCAGGCCGAGGAGUGA